GUGUGCGCGUUUUACUUUUGUAUGUAUCUUGCUGUAUGAGUGCGUACAUGUGAGCGUAUCAUUUUUCUGCCAUGUCGACAUCCGGAACACUGACUAGUUACUACGUCGAUUCCCUCAUUUUGCCCGAGAGCGAGGAGCUCUCCGUGCCGAGAUACCCCUCCGGUCCUGGGCUCCAGCACGCCCGACAGUCAGCCUCUUCAAUCGGCGACCACAGCGAGCUCGGGACCUGCACCUUCCCGUCCAAAGCCCCGGUGUUCGGACCGUCAUGGAGCCACGUUCCUGCUCAGUUCUCCGGAAGCGUCUCCUCCGUGUAUCACCACCAUUAUGGGCAUCCCCAAGGUACGGUGGGUGCAGACACAGACGGCCGCUAUCAAUCGUGGCUGCUGGAACCCAUGUCCGGUUCUCUUCCCAUGGCUGGAUUACCCACAGCCCACCACUACGGGAUCAAACCGGAGGGUCUCGGUGCGCGAGCUGACGGCGCGCUGCCUGGCUCCCACACAGCGCUGCUACUCUCUGAUUACGCAAACGGCACAGUGGCCACGGCAUCACCGGGAGAGAAGGACGCACUGUCCGGCCAGGCAGGGGACAUGAGCGGGGAGACUGAGGAAAAACCGGGCCUCGAUCCAAGUAAGUCUCUGUAGAGCCUUUUUAUGUUUAUAGCCGACUAUUUAUACCGCAUAAAGCUGUGAGGAUUGGGUGCGUGAUGGGGGUGCGCGUCUGCAGAGAUGCCAUUCUGGACGUGCCAUUUCCUUAUGGGGACUGUUAAUGGCCCGGCUCCCAUUGCUACAUUAGAUAACCUUUUGCUGCUUUUAAAGAGUGACAGAGGAAGAGGAGCAAGUUGUGUUUGGAUGAGGCAGCUUUUACGCACGUGUUUGAUUUUUCUUUCCUUUAAGGCCUCUCUUCUUUUUUUUUUUUUUUUUUUUUUUGAUGAAUCAUAUUUGUUGUUUUGCAAUUGUCACUCGGAACCGGACCCCUCACUCCAGUGUCGCCCCCUCCCCAUUCCCCUCCACUCUUUCCAGAUAACCCAGUGUCCAACUGGCUCCACGCGAGUGCCACGAGAAAAAAACGCUGUCCGUACACCAAGCACCAGAUCCUCGAGCUGGAGAAAGAGUUCCUCUUUAACACCUACCUGACCAGGGACCGUAGGUACGAGGUGGCGAGGCUGUUAAACCUCACCGAGAGACAGGUUAAAAUCUGGUUCCAGAACCGCAGGAUGAAGAUGAAGAAGUUUAAUAAAGACGGUGCACCGAAAGACGAUUGACUGAGCAGUAGUGUUUCAGUAUUUAGGCUGUUAGGCUGCGAGCUUUGUGUGUGGAAGCUCUUAACCCUGCUGGACCUUGUUUUUCAACUUCAUUGUCUUACUGUCUAUAUAACAGAAGCUAUUAGGCUUAUUUGUCUUGUAAAAAAAAAGCAUGUUGGGCUUCAGUUUGAUGCGACUACCUUUAUAUUGCACAAUUAACAGUGCCCACUCGUUUUUUUUCUUCUUAAAAUUUUUCCAUUUGUUGAUUUUUAAAAAAAAUAAUACCUCGUUAAAUUGUAUUAGUUGGCCUGGUCCCUGUGCUUGUUUGUGAAUGGAUGUUUCUUAGCUGUGUUCGUUCUGGUUUGUAGCUCUAUUCGUUGUCUAUUCCACAGUCAUUUGAGCGUAGUUUCGUAAAUUGUAUUAAUUUUAUUGUUGUUUCUCCCUGUAGAACUAAGACUGGUGACCAUGAGUUUGAAUCUAACAUUGGAAACAACAUUGGAAUAAAAUAGUCAGAGCGGAUUUUAAAGUAGGUGCUAAACCCUCAGAAAGCCUCUUUAAAAAACGCCCCAAAUGAAAAAUGUUCUAGAACCUUUACACGACUACCUAUGCCCUCCAACUACCUACAAUACCCUGUUGUUAUUAUUAUGAUUAUUAUUUUCCAUGGCGGAUUCUCGUAGAUUUGCUUGCAGUAGAUGCUGAACUAUGAAUUUCAGGGAGUAGCUAACAUGUAAAAAGUACAUAAUGUUUGUUAGAGAGGAAAAUUAACUCCAAACACUGUAGGCUACUUAUUGAUUACCUCACGGUCUGCUGACCGGCUGACUUUUGGUUCACAAAUGUAAUUUGUACUUUAUUUAUUAAAUAAAACAAAUUAUAUCUGCGAA